AUGGAUCAGUUAUAUUUUGAUGGAAUGGCCAUUUCAAGUCAAUUAGGCUUCCCAGAUUUUUUUGUUACGUUUACUUGCAAUCCUGCUUGGCCGGAGAUAGAACGCGCUUUGUCGGGGACUGACUUAAAGCCACAUGAUAGACCUGGUCUCAUAACGAAAGUAUUCAAAAUCAAGUUUGACGAGCUCAUGACUAAUAUAACGAAACGUCACGUGCUUGGCAAGAAUAAAUAUCCAACACCAGCUGAUUUAGACAAAAUCAUAUCUGCAGAAAUUCCUGACCCAAAUGUACAUCCAACAUUGUACAAAUUGGUCUCGGCCCACAUGAUCCACGGCCCUUGCGGUGCAGCGCGGAUGAAUUCACCCUGCAUGAAAAACCGAAAAUGCUCCAAAUUCUUCCCGAAGCGUUUCCAAGAAGAUACUGUCGUUGAUGCAGAUGGCUAUCCCCUAUACAGAAGACGGGCUAAUUCCCAUGUCAUCCAAAAAAAUGGUGUCUCUUUGGACAAUCGACACGUUGUACCUUACAAUACAAGAUUCCUAUUGAAAUAUCAUGCACAUAUUAACAUGGAGUGGUGUAACCAAAUUACAUCAAUCAAAUAUCUAUUCAAAUAUAUUCACAAGGGAUUUGAUAGAAUCGGAGCAACAAUUUCAACUUCUAACAACGGAUCGGGAAACGACCGAGAGCCUGUUGAUGAAAUUAAACAGUAUCUGGAUUGUAGAUAUGUCUCCCCGAGUGAGGCGUGUUGGAGGAUUUAUUCCUACAACAUUCAUGGCAGGAAACCGGCGGUCGAACGUAUGUAUUAUCAUUUAGUAGGUGAGCAAGCAGUUUACUACCCGGAUCACGCGAGAAUGGAAAAUAUUUUGGAAAAGGCAAGUGUGACGGAGUCUAUGUUUACUGCUUGGUUUGUUGCUAACGCGAAAUACGAGGAGGCAAGGUCACUGACAUAUGGUCAAUUUGUCACUAAGUUUGUUUACGAGAAAAAGAGCAGAACAUGGAAACCGCGGAAAAAGGGCUUCACCAUUGGUCGUUUAAUUUGGGUUCCCCCAACCACUGGAGAGUUGUUUUACUUGCGACUGAUGUUGACUAUGGUUAAGGGACCCUUAACUUUUGAAGAAAUUCGCAAAGUUGGUGGGACGCAAUUAGAUACUUUCAGGGAUGCCUGCUUUGCCAUGGGAUUCCUAGAAGAUGACCGAGAAUACAUUGGGGCAAUACGCGAGGCGAGUGAAUGGGGUUCGGGGCAUUUUCUCCGCAAGCUUUUUUGUAGUAAUGCUUUUGUCCUCCGCUAUUUGGUGCUAACAGAAGAGGAGUUGAAGAAUUUGACAUUAACGGAAAUUGAAAAGAUACUACAAGAAAAUCGAAGAAGCCUCACCGACUUUAAACCAAUUCCAUAUCCUGAUGGAUACGUUCUACAACAAUUAGGGAAUAGGCUGAUUUAUGAUGAAUGGAGUUAUGAUGUGCCUACAAUGAGAACCCAAUUCACGUCACUUUUCAAUGCUCUGACAGGUGAGCAAAGGUCAAUAUUUGAUAAAAUUAUGGCGUCUGUUCGAGAUCAAAAGGGUGUUGUGUACUUCUUACAUGGUUACGGUGGAACUGGUAAAACUUACAUGUGGCGAACACUAGCAAGUGCAUUGAGGUCCAAACAUGAUAUAUGUCUUACCGUGGCAACGAGUGGUAUAGCUUCUUUAUUAUUGCCCGGUGGUAGAACGGCACAUUCUAAAUUCAAGAUACCGGUCCCAACAAUGGAGAAUUCAACAUGCAAGAUUGACUAUAAUGAUGACGUAGCAGAGCUUUUACGACAGACAAAGCUUAUUAUCUGGGAUGAAGCACCAAUGGAAAUCUUUGGUGGAAAGGUUGUUGUUUUCGGAGGUGAUUUUAGACAAAUUUUGCCCGUUGUUCCUAGAGGUAGUCGUUCUGAUAUCGUACAUUCUGCCAUAAAUGCUUCUUACAUAUGGCGUUCCGUCGAAGUUUUAACUUUAACACAUAACAUGCGACUGCAAUCCGGGCCAAAUGAAGCUGAAAAAAAGGAAAUUGCCGACUUCUCAAAGUGGCUGUUGCAAAUUGGUGAAGGCAAACUUUCUGAGCCAAAUGAUGGCUUCGCCGACAUUCAAAUGCCACCAGAACUAUUGAUCACAGAUUACACAGACCCAAUCGUUGCCAUCGUUAAUAGUACUUAUCCUGAUUUUACCGAAAAUUAUCAGUCUAACGACUACCUCAAAAGUAAGGCGAUACUUGCUUCUACGUUGGAAGUUGUUGAUCAAAUCAACAAUCACGUCCUUGAUCUGAUGCCAGGGGUCACCAAGGAUUACUACAGCUCAAACACUGUCGACAGGUCUGAAAUUCACGACACCAAUGUAGUCGAUAUACUCACACCAGAGUUUCUCAGUUCGCUAACUACUUCAGGUUUACCUAACCACCUCAUUAGGUUGAAGGUAGGAACACCUGUUAUGCUUAUGCGUAACAUAGAUCAGUCAGAGGGUCUGUGUAACGGUACAAGGGUAAUGAUAACUAAGAUGGGGAACCAUGUCAUCGAGGCGAAAAUAAUGGCGGGAAAAGGUUGUGGAAACUUGGUCUACAUCCCUCGAAUGGAUAUGUCUCCCUCGCAGUCUCCUUGGCCCUUCAAACUCAAACGGCGUCAAUUUCCAAUAAUUGUCUCAUAUGCGAUGACGAUCAAUAAAUCUCAAGGACAAUCUCUGGACACAGUAGGACUUUAUUUGCCAAGAGACGUAUUUACUCAUGGCCAAAUCUACGUGGCAUUGUCAAGGGUAACGACGAAGCAAGGAAUCAAAAUUUUGAUAUACGACGAAAGCGAAAAAUCGAAGUCUACUACUACAAAUGUUGUACUUAUUGCUUACUGUGCCAUGGGAAAACACUGA